AUGGUAAUUUCAAACGCGAAAGAUCUCAAAGAUGCUCAAAUUGUGUGCAAAUCUCCGACCAAUGAGCUCGUUGUGAGACCAAGGUGGAUCCCAUUUUAUUCCGAGUGCAACUAUAAAAAACCGAUUUGUGCGAAAUUUUCGAUUCAAAAUAUUGAUAAAUUUCCGGUGGUUUAUACAAUCAAAGUAAAGCACAAACUAUUCAAAAUCAGUGAUCAUGGGUGUGGGAUUCUGAAGCCGGAUGAGAAGAAGGAGCUCAAACUUUUCCUAUUGAGCUCCGAUGAUUGGAACCUAGCAGUUGGCGACUAUGUUCAGAAGAAAAUCAACAUUUUUGUCGAAAAUUUGCAAAUUCCGGACGAUAUUGUUCCAGAAAAUCAAGCGGAAGGUGUCGAAAUCGCGAAAAACAUUUGGAAGCGCUCAUCAACCGAAUGGCCGUGGGAACGAUUGCACACAAAGCUGCGCGUGUUUCUCGAGAAAUGCGAGACGUCGAAAUUCAACGCCUAA